UACUAUUGACAGAUAUUUUUAACCAUGUUUUUGUGGAGACCUAUGUAGUUCUUGACGAUUAUUGUGACAUAAUAACCCAUCUUAUUGUGAAAUAUUUCAUUAAAAUAAGUUUUGUAAAUAUUAAAUACCAUAAAACAAUAUGUGGAAGAGCCUUAAGCUAACGCAGACACAGCUAUCCAAACUACAUUUUAAUGGACAUAGACUUCAAUCCAUUGGUGUGCCAGCUCUCGAUUCUGUAUUGAAUCAAUGGUACGAAUUUUGCAAGAAACCUCCUAAGGGAUUCGAAAAAUAUUUUCAACCAGAAAAUAGUCAGAAACAAGCUAAUAAACCUGAUACUGAUGCAGCACCAGCACCGUCAAAAAGUACGCCGCCUAGUCCGAAACCAAGCUCGUCACAAGAUAAAUGGAAUAUGAACAUGUUCUCUGGUGGUUCAGGAGGUGGCAGAGGCCCGGGGCGCGGCGGUUACGAGGGCCAAGAUAGAGAAAAAUGGAUGAUGUUUGGAGCAAUGGGUGUUGUAACCUUACUAACAACUAUAGCUUACUUCGAACUUCGAUACAGAGAAAUUAGUUGGCGGGACUUCGUUAAUUUAUAUCUUAAUAAAGGACUCGUUGAAAAAUUGGAGGUUAUAAAUAAAAAAUGGGUUAGAGUACGCCUGCAAGGGUCUGCUCUUGAUGGAAAGAUAAUAUGGUUUGCUAUAGGUAGUGUUGAUUCAUUCGAAAGAAAUCUGGAAAAUGCACAAAUAGAAAUGAAUGUUGAACCACCUAAUUUUAUCCCUGUUAUCUACAAGACUGAGGUCGAAGCAGCAAGUUUAACAGGAAUGCUGCCAACUUUAUUGAUAAUAGGUUUCUUGAUCUAUAUGAUGAGAAGAUCAGCAGAUAUGAUGGGCAGAGGUGGACGUAAAGGUGGAGGUCUUUUUGGUGGGGUAAUGGAAUCUACUGCUAAACUCAUCAAUCCAACAGAUAUUGGUGUAAAGUUCCAAGAUGUAGCUGGUUGUGAAGAAGCUAAGAUUGAGAUUAUGGAAUUUGUAAACUUCUUGAAAAAUCCUCAGCAAUAUAUUGACUUAGGAGCUAAAAUACCUAAGGGAGCCUUACUUACCGGCCCACCUGGUACUGGAAAAACUUUACUUGCUAAGGCUACAGCAGGAGAAGCAAAUGUCCCUUUCCUUACAGUGUCAGGGUCGGAGUUUUUGGAAAUGUUCGUAGGUGUGGGUCCAUCAAGAGUUAGGGAUAUGUUCAACAUGGCCCGUAAGCAUGCACCAUGCAUUCUUUUUAUUGAUGAAAUAGAUGCCGUGGGCAGAAAGAGAGGUGGCCGAAGCUUUGGUGGUCAUUCUGAACAAGAAAACACACUGAAUCAACUGCUAGUAGAAAUGGACGGCUUUAACACUACAACAAAUGUUGUAGUUUUAGCUGCUACAAACAGAGUUGAUAUUUUAGAUAAAGCCUUAUUGAGACCGGGUAGAUUUGAUAGGCAGAUCUUUGUACCAGCUCCUGAUAUUAAAGGAAGAGCGUCAAUCUUCAAAGUCCAUUUAGCAAUAUUAAAGACUAGUUUAAAUAAAGAAAAUUUGGCACGUAAAAUGGCUGCACUAACUCCAGGUUUCACUGGUGCAGACAUCGCUAACGUAUGCAAUGAAGCAGCUCUUAUUGCCGCGAGAGAGUUAGCUAAUGACAUUACAAUGAAAAACUUUGAACAAGCUAUUGAAAGAGUGGUAGCAGGUAUGGAAAAGAAAUCGAACGUACUACAACCGGAUGAAAGGAAGAUCGUCGCUUACCACGAAGCUGGACACGCAGUUGCAGGCUGGUUCCUACAACAUGCGGAUCCCUUGCUUAAAGUAUCAAUCAUCCCAAGAGGUAAAGGGCUUGGAUAUGCUCAAUAUCUACCAAAAGAACAGUAUUUGUAUAGUAAGGAACAACUUUUCGAUAGAAUGUGUAUGACACUUGGUGGAAGAGUGAGUGAAGAGAUAUUCUUUGGUAGAAUUACAACUGGCGCCCAAGAUGACCUUAAAAAAAUAACUCAAAGCGCUUACGCUCAAAUUGUGCACUACGGUAUGAAUCCUAAAGUAGGUAACGUUUCGUUCGAAAUGCCACAACCUGGAGAGAUGGUAAUAGAUAAACCAUAUUCAGAGAAAACAGCGGAAUUAAUUGAUUCAGAAGUAAGAGAUUUGAUAAAUUCUGCGCACAAACAUACUACAGAUUUGUUGAUAAAACACAAAGCUAAUAUAGAAAAAGUUGCUGAGAGGCUAUUGAAACAAGAAAUUCUGAGCAGGGAUGACAUGAUUGAGCUUUUGGGUCCUAGACCAUUCCCAGAAAAGAGUACUUAUGAAGAAUUUGUUGAAGGUACUGGUUCAUUAGAUGAAGAUACAACUUUGCCUGCUGGCUUAAAGGAUUGGAACAAAGAGAAACAACCUUCGACACCACCCCCAGAAAGCAUACCAUCAGGGGCAAACCCCAGUAAAAAUUAAGCUAUUUUAUGUAGUACGUAUUGUUGAGUUUUUAGUCAGUUUAUGUGAAAUAAAUAGAUUACCUUAAGA